UCCAAUCCAGAUCCAUAUGAUACGCUAUGCUAUGUGUCGGAUGUUUCUCUUGAUUAAUAAAUAAAUUAGAUCUAGAUAUAGAUCUAUCUAGAUUCUAUAUAAAAUCAUCAUGGUUGCCAUGUCUAAGGCAAAGUGUAACAAACCCGACUUUGUCGUAAAUUUACAGGCAUAUUUUGUCACCAUAGCAACUAUACUGGGAACUGGGAUAUUAGGUUUGCCAGUAAAACUAACUCAGGCUGGGUUCUACCCAUUUCUCAUCAGCUUUCUUACAGAUGCUGUUGUUCAGUCGCUGCUCAUUUAUUUCUUCACUGAUGUCCUACAGAGGGCCAUGGCCGCCCAAUACCAGCGCAAGGGGGAAGAAUCCAUCCCUCUAAACACUGUGAUAGAGGAGGAGUUUUGUAUAGACUCCGAUGAUGAUGACGAUGAUGGGCAAUCAAAUGUUCAAUUCACAGGCGCCAUAAUGCGAGGCAAGAUGCAGCACAUUCGUGAGGUGCCUCUGGUCCAGUCCCCCAACCUUCACAUGCUGGGCAAACUCUUCCUCACCUGUGGACUUCAGCAGACAUUUGAUGUCCUCAUUAUUCUUCAAUUCAUUGCUCUCCUCAUAUCUUACGCACUGGCAGGAAGUGAAGCUUACGCACAGUUGAUUGGCAUUGAACAUAUUUAUGUGAUUCCUGUCUUUGUCUGGGUGUUGACCCUGGUCAUCCUGUUUGGCCUCCAGCUGAUUCAGCCAGUGAUUUCAAUCCUCACAUUUCUCAAGGGCUCCCUGUUGCUGGGGACUGCUGGAGUAACAUUUUAUGUGGGACUACAAGUUGCCAGAACAAUUAGCAAUGAUUUUUCUUACCUAGGUGCACCUUUCUUGAUGGGGACGGUAGCAUUAGGGGGUGUCUGCAACAUAAUGCCAUACACUUUUGAAAAAGUCACAUUUAAGAAAAAACAGAUUUUUAAUUAUCGUCUGGCUGUACUGCUUGGAUUAUGGACCUGCGUCUUCCUGAAUAUUUUAUGGUGUUUGGCAGUGUUAGAAAUUGUCCCUCAGACUAUAGUCAUGGCUUGUAUGCCUCAAGUCGUAAAAGGGCAGAUGUUCUCCAACACUACCAGUGGUCACUCUGCUCCAAGUAUAUGCAGGGGAGAUUUAUCAUUAGAAAGUGCAGAGAUGAAGGGAGAGAUCUCCACCCUCCCCCUGACCAAACUGUUACAGAGAGACCACCCCAGCCUGGCCUGGGUGGCCAUCCUUGUGGAGAUUUUUAUCAUGGUCAGCAUUACGGUCUCGUACCUGACAGUUGGGAGCGUGUUGCAUCAUACACUGAGUGGAAUGGUGAAAUCAUUUUUUAUGAAACAACACAUAACAAGUCAUAGAAGCAAGAAACAAAAACAGCUGCCCAAAGAAUGGCUUGCAAAGACUGGAUUAUCUUUCUUGGCUUUUGUUGUUGUGUUUGUUGUUGCUAUACUAGACCCACAGGGAUUUAUUGACAUCCUGGAGAAGCUGGUCUCAUUUUCCCUGAAUGCCGAAGUUGGUAUUUUUAUUUUCCUCAUGUUUCUUUGGUCCAGAAGACAGAAUUAUCAGGACCUGGAAAUUCCUCUGCCUAUGUCAAAAUGUUCUGAAUACCUCAUCUUCAUCAUUCCACUUUUCUUCAACUUUGCUGUUUUUUACGACGUCUAUUCCACCAUAUCUGAAAUUUACAACCCCAAAUCCCAUUCUAUGGUGUGGAUAAACUCAACAAACUGGAGUGAAUUGACUGGAGUAAAUGGAACAACCUAUGGGAAUAUUUCUCUCAAUAAUCUUACACCCACAUUGCUAUCUAACGCCACACAGUAAGGUUUCUUACCUGUAAUUUACCUGUCUUGUUAGCACUGAAUUCCACAAAUAAAAUCCACAAACUACAAAUUAAAAUUUUAUUUAUUUAAAAAAAAUAUUAAUGCACAAUUUAAAUAUAUUUUAACAAGUAUAAAAAAAUUGUAUGCAUUUAAUUUUUAUGUAAAUAAUGUUUAAUAACAUAAUUAUAUUUGAAUAUUUUUAUACCUGGAUUUGUGGGAUACAUAGAAUUUUACUUUCAACUUUUGGAGUGUUUAAAUGUGAGGUAUUGAUAGAGCUUCAGCUAAUUUUUAAUAUCUCAUUCAUAAUACAUUGUUUUACAAAAACUAAUUUUUAAUAUCUUAUUCAUAAUACAUUAUUUUACAAAAAACUAAUUUUUAUAUGGUUAUGUAUGGUCAGCAGUAUAUAUCACCAUCAGAAGGCUUUCAAAAGCCUUUCAUUUAUUUAAAAUAUCUUGUGUUUGGUUUAACAAUAUAAUGCAGUCCUAAUUGAACGGUAUAUGUUGUGUAAUUAUUAUUUAACAGUCCUAGGGUCAAAUUGUAGCUAUACACAUAACAAAGUUUAAAGUUACUUGAAUCUGGCAUAUUAAAUUUCAUAAUUGUUUUGUCAGUAAAAUUUGUCAGCUGUUAGUUUUUAGUACUUUAAAUUGUCAACUGUUAGUUUUUAGUACUUUAAAUUGUCAGCUGUUAGUUUUUAGUACUUUAAAUUGUGAGCUGUUAAUUUUUAGUACUUUAAAUUGUAUGAUGGAUGUUAAACAUGGAGAUUAGAUAUUUUUAAAAUCAAAUUUUAUGGAUGUUGCAAUAAUGUACUGAGUGAUAUUUUUAAAAUUUAUUGAAUGCAGUAUUGAAGGGCUCAAAUUAAUGUGUUUUUUUUGGCUGACUUUUAUUUCACUCUUUUGCUAGUCAACAUUUUUUGUUAUGUUUUUGUAUAUUUUGUUGCAGCCUUUGUGAUAAAAUUAUACAAAUAUAUAAGUGACCCAAAUAGUUCAUACACCAAUGUUGUUACAAGAUCAUAAUCAAAUUAAUAUAAUAUAGUUAAUCUGAGUUAGGAUGUUGUUUAGAUAUUAAUAUAUUUUUUAAAAAUCAUUUACUAACAUUGGUAAAUGAUUUUAUGCUAUGAAAUGUCAUCAUGCUUUCUUGCAUGAGUUCUUAUUAUUUUUACAUUUUAAAUGUGUAUGAAAAGAACAUUUAAGUAAUCCAGUGGUGAAAAUAAUCAUAUUUAUUCUAUCUACUAGGUUUUGUUUAUGAUCUUAAAAAAAUAAUUUUGAUUAUGCAUAAUGGGGUUUAAUUUUUUCUGAUUUAAAAAAAAAAUUUGCUGUCAAUUUUUAUAUUUGUUAACUGACUUAUGAAUUUGUUGAAGUUGACUGUGGUAAAAUACUUUAGUUGUUUUAGUACAUUACUUUUUACUUUACAUUCCUGGAAUAGCUAUAUACCUACAUUUUUUAAUUUAUUUGUUACUGUAUGCAUUAUUUAUUUUUCUCAAUUUGUUUAAAAAAGAAAUAGUAUCUAAAUAAGAGUAGUGCUUUAAAUUUAGCACAAGAUUUGUUUUAAACUGUUACUGACUGUUAUAUGUGAUGCUACUAUUGCCUUGUUUGAAUGUGCUUUAUAUUUACAAUUUCUCUAUGUGAUGUACAAAAAAAAAGUUUAUUUUAAAUCUUCUAUAUAUACCAAGCUAUUGUUGUUAGUUAUACAGCAUUUUAUAUCUGUGCCUUUUAACUACAAGUUGUAUUGAAGAUUUUUCAUGUGUGUUCCUAUGGUGGCUGAAUGUAUCUAUUUCCUUCCACAUGUGUUCAACAUUUCAAAGAUUAGGUCUAAUGUUUUAACAUAUUCUUCAUGUAUAUAUAUACAAACUUUAAUUUUUUUUCUUUCAUGGGAUGUGGUAGAACUCUAGGCAGACCAUUAAUAGUGGCACAACAAGUGCCAAACUAGUGGGACCAAUUGUCCCAUCUAGUAAUGGAACCGUCAGUAGUAGUGGGACAAUAGGACCCCAGUAGUAGUGGGACCAUAGGACCCAACUAGUAAUGGAACCCCCAGUAGUAGUGGGACCAUAGGACCCCAGUAGUAGUGGGACAAUAGGACCCCAGUAGUAGUGGGACCAUAGGACCCAACUAGUAAUGGAACCCCCAGUAGUAGAGGGUCCAUACGAUCCAACUAGUAAUUGGACCCCAGUAGUAGUGGGACAAUAGGACCCCAGAAGUAAUGGGACCAUAGGACCCAACUAGUAAUUGGACAUCUGACAGCCCAUCCGAGCAUUGAAUGUAUAUGACCAUUUUAUUCUUCCAUUUUUUUACCAUGAGGUAAUAUGUUUAAAUCCACCUUUAGAGAAAUCUCUUUAUAUCCACUUUUGGAACGGAAAAAAAAUUAUAUCAAGUUCUCUUUUCUUUUUUGUGUUUGAAUAUUUGAUGGCUCUCUCAAAUUUAUGUAUGUAAUUUAAUUGCUUUUGUUUGAUUAAAAAAAUGCUUGGUUUGCUGUGCAGGGAGAUUUUCCAAUGUAAAAAAUGGGAACAAAGAAUUGAUUCACUGUCUUUUUAUAUUUAUAUCAGCUUUAUUUUUGCUACUGUUCGCAUAUUUUAGCAACAGCAGUUCUAUUUUAUUUUUUUUAAAACAUCAGUCAUAGUUUUUAAAAUCACAUUACUACUUAUGUUUUAAAACUUGUAAAUUCCCUAAAAGUCUGCUUUGAUAUCAGACCAGUAUCAUUUUGGUCAGUUUAUGGAUUUUACAGGUAAUGUUUGGCACAUAAUAAAUUUAAAGGUAUUAAAAAAUCCUUAUAUAUUUCUUUAAAAAAGAGAAAUAAAACGUUACAUGACAAUACAUUAAUUGAACGUGCAAUAGACUAAGUAUUGCUAUUGUUAUACCAUCAGUAUGUCUAAUUAAAUUAUGCCUUAAAUAUUCAGAUUUAUAUUUCAA